AUGGCUCUUGUUCGGGACCCAUAUUUCUGGAAACGGUUCUCAACUGCGGUCCACAUGGAUGAAGAGUCCAAAGCAGUCGUCCAGGGAGCCCAAACAAAACAAGAUGAGGCAUCAUGGCUUGACCGCGAACGACGAAAGAGCAAACGAUCAAUCAUCUGGGGCUUUGUCAUUUUCUUCGGCAUUGUGCUCCUUAUCGUUGUCGGCGUGGUUCUAUGGUGGCUUUCAAAGAACAACUGGCUCCAACCUCGUCCGGAUGACCCUUGA